AUGCCCUCAAUCACUACAUACGAACUCAACGCGUCGCAACAUCUCCUUCGCGCCGCCAUCAUUGCCUCGUUCUCCGUUACCGGCACUUUCGUCGCAAUCCGCUGCUGCGUCCGCUUACGCCUACAGGCCCGCUUCAGCUUCGAUGACUAUCUUCUGGCCAUCGCACUGGCCAUUUAUGCCCUACAGACAAGUUUCAUCGUCUGCGCCAUCGACUACGGCGGUUUCAACCGCAAAACAGCAGAGCUACCCCACCAUGUCUACCUAGUAGGCUUAAAGUGGACCAUCCUCACACAGUGCGCCUAUCCACUCGCCUUGAUGUUCGCCAAGCUUAGCAUCGCCUUCCUUCAAUUACGCGUGCUCGGCCUCUCCAAUGCUCCUACCGUCCGCCGCCUACACUAUGUCUCUAUAGCCGCCUGCAUCAUCGUUUCCAUUUAUGGUUUCUUCACUGCUUUCUUUCAAUGCUACCCGGAUACCGCUCCGUCCACCUCUUCCUCAUCCUCGCCCCACCCAAUCCUUAUUCCUACCGCCAGCUGCUCUCCCCGUAUUGUGAUCCUCGUUUCCUCGUACAUCUUCUCCGCCAUCAAUAUCCUGCUCGACUGGUACUACUCACUCGCCAUGGUGCCGUCCAUCUGGAACCUGUACAACACCAGUGUCCUAGUGCGCGUGUCUACCAUUCUGUUUCUCAGCUUGGGAUUCCUGUAA